AUGAACUGGGAUGGACAUGAAGAGGAAGCGAGUUUCACUUGGGAUAUCCUCAGUGCCAACACUGCUGACGGUUCAGAUGAGCGCUUUGUUCUACAAAUCAUUUUAGAGUUGCCUUUCCUUAACUGUUCUGAGGUCAUGAAACUUAAUCCACAGCAAGCUCCGUUAUAUGCCUUAUUUGUAUUCAUUGAAUUGCAAACGCGCGGUGGUAACUCUCAGGGUGACUCUGUUAUUACAGUGCAGCUGACUGAGGAAGAUAAAGUUGAAGAUGAUGUAGUUUUUUACUUGGUCUUCACUGGGUCAACUGUCCAACACUGCACAAGCACGAGAAAGAUUAAUCCUGGGAGUCUGGAGACAAUUUCUCCUGGCCAUGACUGCUGUGAGACAGUGAAGGUGGCACUUUGUGCCUCUAGAGAAGGUCAUCCUGUUCUGGUUGUGGCAGAAGAGAGUUUUCAGUUUGUCCAGGAUGAAGCCUACGACGCCGCUCAGUUUCUGGCCACCUGUGCCGGCAACCAGCAAGCUCUAAAUUUCACCCGAUUCUUGGACCGGUCGAGACCACCCGCUGCCGACGUGGACUUUUUGGAUGAGAAAGUGGCUUUGGCAUUUCGACACCUGAAACUGCCGGCAGAAUGGAACGUGCUGGGAGCAGACCAGUCCCUGACCGACGACAUCCCUCGGGAAACACUGAUGCAUUUUGCGGUGAGGCUGGGUCUGCUGCGGCUGACAUGGUUUCUGCUCCAGCAGCCGGGUGGAAGAGGAGCUCUCAGCAUCCGCAACAACGAAGGGGCAACGCCUGUGAGCUUGGCCUUGGAGAGGGGCUACCAGAAGCUGCACCAGCUUUUGACCGAAGAGGAAGCCAGGGAACCGGACUCCUGGAGCACCUUGUCUCACACGGUGUACUCGGGGGACUACAGCGUGAAGCACCACCGCAAGCUCAACGUUUACAUGCUGACGGCUGAAGCCAAGGAAGGGGUAGCAGCCAGCUUGGAGAGUGACAUACAGCACCUUCAGAUGCACAUGCAGAGCCACCAGCACACGAGUUUAAGGCAGCAGACAGAGCCUGUUCUGGGAGAUUCUGGAGACAGCUGUGCUAAAGGAGCAGAGCCAGAUGGUCACCUGGCCUCUACCUCUCAGAGCCUGGAAGAAAUGGCAAGAGAAGAAAGGCAGGAAAGUCCAUCUGUUCUUGUUCACCUGGACAUCGGGCAGCUCUCGGACCAAACCUACCAGGAGGAGAAAUGCAACAGCAGGAGUUUGGGAGCUUUUAAUGACGUGCCAAAUGACUUGCUGAGCCUGGGGGAUGCAAAGAGCCCAGAGUGCUUCUGUGAAAGCAAAAAUAGAGUGACGUUGAGUAAAAAGGAAGAGGAGGGGCCAAUCUCUGCUGAAGGCUCUGAGACUCUAUCAGAUGAGAAGGACUGCACAGUGAGCCUGUGUGCAAGUGUAAACGGUGUCGUAAAUCUUCCAUCCUGUGGAAAUACAAAUGAGGAAGCUGGAAUGACAUCUGCUGGAGUUGGUUUGGAUCAAGCCGCCUUGUGCAGUAAAGAUAGUCCCGAUCAGGAAGCGCAAGCUGCCGAGGAGUGUGCAGCUGACAGUACUGUUACUGUGGUUGAAACUGCAGGCGAAGCCCCAGCUUCCUUGGAGGGCGUGGAUGUGGCUAUGGGCCAAACUGAAUGCAGGAACUGUACAGGGGCAGCUGAGAGGGCGGCAGGCCAGCAGCAGGUAGAGGAUGGGAUGGCUGAGGCCGGUGAAAGGAGGACUGCAACCCUAGAAGAGCAAUCGCCAGCUAAGGAAGAGUCAGCCAGUGCUGCUCAGCCCUUACUCAGUGGUUUUAAUGGCACUGACUGUGCAGAUGGGGAGGAUGCAAAUGUGGGAGUGGUACCUGCACAUGACGGUACGAAUGCAGACGGUGGCAUUGGCGAUGUCUCUGUUGACCUUUGCAAGACUGGCGAUAACAAGGAGACUGGAGCGGACUCAUGCACUGAUCAGGUAAACAGUGGCUUCUUGGAAAGCCGAGGCGAUGCCCGUGUCGCAGCGAGGCAGGAUGUCACUGCAAGCGCCGGGGCAGCAUUGCCAGCAGUGAAUGGGGUGAAGGUUCCUGCAUGUGCAUCAAAACCUGCUCCUGGCUUGGAAAUCCAUGGCAGCGGUAAGAGUGGGGAGCGGGAAGGGCAGGUGGAAGCAGGUUGCACAGAUGGGAAAUCCAGCUCGCCCUCACUGGAAGACAGUGUGGAAACUGAUGGCCCUGAUGUUAAACCUGAAAACGAUGAUGAUGGUGGAUCUAAUCAAAGCAGUGCAGAACCUGCAUGUUGCCAGGAGAGCGGUAAGAUCACUGAACGUGCAGCUGAAGCAAUGGAGGACAGUGAAGCCCGCAAAGAGGAGCCAGUAGAAACUGAUACCAGCAGCAGCGGAGAUGGAGGAAGCGCAGAUUCUGCAGAUGGGGGUCAGGAAGUUGCUAGCUGUCGCCCUUCUGCUGAUCAAACUGUCGUUAAAGAUGAAAUGGGCGACAGCUUCAAACCAGACGCUGCUCAAGAGAGUAAACGUGAGCCUGCAUCACUCCCUCCGGAGGAUGCAAGCACGUGCCUGGCAGAAAAAGAGCCUGCACAAACCAAAGCGGAGAUAGCAGAAAGUGUUUCGGAGCAAGAGGGGCUGAGUGGCGAGAUGAAAUCACUCGCUCCCCUACCCAGAAGAGAGGGACUUGCUGUGAGUCAGGAGGGAGAUGCUGCAGUGGCACCUCCCGGGCAGGAGGCAGCUCUGCAAGGUAAUGACUCCGGAUUAGCUCCGUGUGCCAAGGGUGCAGACUGUGCGGAGGAUAAUUUAAUAGGCACACCCUCUGUAAUUCAUAAUGAAGAAUCUAAACAAAACCAGGAAGUGGUGGCGGCAGGCUCGGCAGAGCUUGCCCAGCGGCGCGGUGGGGAGCAUGGCAGGGUAGCUGCCGGAGCCGGCUGGCCUGGGGACCAUGCCGGGGAUGAGGGCUCUCCGAAUCAGAGCCUCUCACAGCAGGCUGAAGGAGACAAAGCUGAGCCUGAGCGGGAGGCUUGUGCAAGUGGCAGGGAGCAGGUUUUGUCAGAGGAACUUCUUGCUGCUGUUGUGAAACCCUCUGCCUGCAGUCAGGGGGGGCCUGUGGCAGGUGGCAGCUAUGUGGAUGCUGGGCUGAAAGGGACAGUCCGUGCCGAAGAAGCGUGCAAGCCUGGGUCAGUGAGUGCAGGAGAAGGCACCAUGCACAGACCUGCAUCAGCAGGCGAGUCACCAGGUGCGGAGAGCGACCCUUGUCCGGAUGCGGGGCUGAACCAGCAUGAUCCCAGUCAAACCCUACAACGAAUCUCCCCAUGCAGCAGCACCCCUGAAUUAAAGGAUGCUUCAGAAAUGGGAGCCCCGAGUGAUGCCUGUGAGGGUAAGGAAGUCUUAAGGCCGGUGACAAUAACCCCCGUCGCUCUGUAUCCAGAAGAGCAGGAGGAUACGGAAAGUGUGCUUCCCCGGGCAGCGCUUCAGCCCAUCGCAGAAGAACCCACGUGCGACAGUGACUCCAGCACUGACACCGUUUGUCUGGCCGGCGAGAGCAAUGCUGGUCCCGCUGCGAAAGCGGCUCAGGGGGAGGUCUUGGCUGAGCCCGAUGGAAAGCAGAGCCGAGCUGUACCUGAAUUGCCCUUCUCACCGUGUUCUUCCUAA